CUCAGGUUUCUCACAUGCACUAGCCCGAGUCAAACAGCUCUUAGUCUGUGUGUCCUUGACUCUUACCCUCAAUGACUUCUCGCUGAUAGGUAAUCCACUGGCAGAGUAAGGUCUCCUCAUCAUUACGUGCUCGAAGGACGCUGGCCCCUCUUCCACCCCGUCAGCCAAGAUGACCAUUCUGGGGUCCCUGCGUGCUGCAUCACGACAAGGUUGGAAUAGGCAUCGCGUUGGCUAUCAUUGGUGACACCUCUGUAUAAGAGCCUCGAGGCUUCCCCAUCACCGAGACCCAUCUUCUCGGCUUCGGUGAUCCUAGUAAGACUAUCCCGAGGGCAGAUUCGCUCGCUAACGACGCUCGCUACGUUCCUUUGAAUGGAACUACGAUACGCGGCAAUGGCCCUCUUCCAAAUGAUAUCCGUGCAUAGCACACGCCUCGCCGCGAUCCUCCUCCUCCUCCUAGCUGCUGCCGUCACCAUCCAUGCCAUACGGACCCGGCGCAGGCGCCCACGCAACCCCGGAACCCAGCGGGGCCUCCCGCUCCCGCCCGGCCCCCGCGGCGAACCGAUCCUCGGCCACCUCCGCAUCAUCCCGACUAACAACCCAGAAUAUGCCUACGCCGCCUGGUCAAAUGAGUACCGCUCCGACGUGCUCUACUUCAACGUCCUGGGCCGGCCCGUCAUCGUCCUCAACUCUGUGCGCGCCGCCGUCGACUUGCUCGAUAAAAGAGGGGCGAAUUACUGCGAUCGCCCGCGUUUUGUGCUAUUCGAGGUGAUGGGCUGGCGCAAGACGUUGACGUUUUUGCGAUGGGGCCCGGCGUUUCGUAUGCAUCGCAGGAUCCUGCAGCGGAGCUUUUCCAAGACGAGUAUCCAGAGGUACCGCAAGCUACAGGAGAGGGAGGCUUUGGUCUUGUUGAAGGGGAUUAUAAGAGACCCCGGAUCCUGGGAGACAUCCCUUCGGAGAUUCGCGACCGCCGUUGUGAUGAGCAUAGGUUUCGGUGUCAACGUGGAGAGUGAUACCGACCCGUACAUACAAAUGGCCACAGACGCGUCCUACGCCCUCGGCCACGGCGGAGCCCCGGCCGGGACUCUGGUCGACUUCUUCCCCUUUGUGCGUUAUCUCCCCGACUGGCUAGUCCGUGACCGGUCACUCCGGUUCGCACGGGACUGGAGUUGGGCCAUCCGCCAGAUCCACGAUGCCCCCUACGCCGCCGUGGCCGCUAAGAAGACCCAGGACCAGGAGUACAGCCUCAUCAAGAUGCUGCUCGAGCAGAGAGCAGAGCAGAUCAAAUCGGGAAUGGCGCCGGAGCUGUCGGUUGACGACAUCAAGGGCGCAGCGGGGGCGGUCUACGCCGCAGGACAGGAUACGACGUGGUCCACACUGGUAGUCUUUGUCCUCAACAUGGUUCUUCACCCCGAGGUCCAGGAUAAGGCGCAGAGGAUGCUAGAUGAGGUUGUCGAGGACGGGAGGUUGCCCACAUUUGAAGAUAGGCGGAGGCUGCCAUACAUUAACUAUAUCGUCCAGGAGACCCUGCGGUGGUGCCCUGUAUCCCCGAUCGGCGUGCCGCAUCGCUCGCUAGAGGAUGAUGUCUACGAUGGCAUGUUUAUACCGAAAGGAUCGUUCGUGUACGCCAACGCGCGCGCGAUGACGCAUGACGAGCGGACGUACGCUGAUGCCGGGGCGUUUGACCCAGAUAGAUAUAUACCCAUCGUGGAGGGCGGCCGUGGGGAGCCGUUCCCGGUGGGACAGUUUGGUUUCGGUAGGAGGGUUUGUGUUGGGAGGCACCUCGCAGAGGCGAGCGUCUGGAUUGUCAUCGCGUCAAUGCUGGCGACGGUCAGGAUUGAGAAAGCUAGAGGGCCGAGGGGAGAGGAAAUUAUACCCCGUGUUAAGUUGACGAACGGGCUUACGAGUCAUCCAAAGCGUUUCCUGUGCCGGAUUAGGCCCAGGAGUUCUCGUAGGGCAGAGAUGGUUAUCUCUGCAACCCGAUAGCUGUAUCCGAUCUUGAAUGCAUAGGCCGGAUAGGUACACUAUACUAUAAUUUUGCACGCCUAACCAAUCGACAGCGCAAAAUGCAAC